AUGCAUAACAGGUACAUUACUGGAACCUGGUUGUCUAUGGUGAAAGAACUAGAAAAUAAUAAGGUUCAGGGGGUUAGUUUGAAUCUGCUAUUUAAAGUUGUGGUUGGUAACGGGCGGGCUGUGAAGUUUUGGCUUGAUCCUUGGGUCUUACCAGAACCACUUCUGAUGGGGUUCCCAUUACUGUUCGCUUUGGAAAAAAGAAAAAGUUGCCUAGUUGCUAAAAGGGUUGGAUUCGAGGGCCGUUGGGACUGGUACAGGAGACCCAGAAGUGAAGCUGAAAUUAAGGAAUGGAGAAGGUUAUGUAGACUUCUGGAUGAAGUUUCUUUAAACUCAAAUACGGAUAGCUGGAAGUGGAGGGGUGACGAGAAACAUGGGUUCUCGGUCAAAGGCAUGAAAAAGCUUUUGAUCAAGGAAAAGGAUUUUAGUGAUAAAUUGAUCUUUAAAUGGGUUAGAUGGGUUCCGAAGAAGUGUAAUAUCUUUGUGUGGAAAGCGGUAAUGGAUAGAGUCCCUACCAUGGUUUCACUCCAGGCUCGUAACUGUUUUACGGGGGAUGUGAACUGUGGGAUGUGUAACAUGGGGCCGGAAAGUAUUGAUCAUUUGUUAUGUCAUUGCCAUAUCGCCAUUGAGGUAUGGAACGCGGUGAGCUUUUGGUGUCACACAGCACCAAUUUUCUUCUUCGAUGUAAAAGAUAUUGUGGACAUACACAAACAUGUUGGUGCAGGGAAAGAGAAAAGGAAGAUCUUGAAAGGCAUUGUUUGGACGACGUGUUGGUGUAUUUGGAAAGCUAAGAACGAUAGAAGAUUCAAUGAGAUUGAGGCUAACCCAGUGGAGAUUAUUCACAACAUCAAAAGUCUUGGUUUUUUAUGGUUUAAGAGUAGGUCACAAAGGAAAGGAAUUAGUUGGGAGAAGUGGUACAAAUUUGAUGUUUGUUAA